AUUUCGACGGGAGGGGGCUGGAGAAUGGAGCUUCCCGAAUUUCCUGUUGUGGUUGUGUUUUGACUGACUGGUUGUGAUUAUUAAAGUGAUUGUUCAGAACCUUAUGUUAGUAUUUUCCCGUUAGUUCUUAUGAUAAGAGAUUAAAAUGUCAAAUAUCGUUCCAAUUAGUACCAAUUCGUCUACGGAAGACUCAUUUGACUUUCUCUUCAAAAUCGUUUUAAUUGGAGACUGUUGUACUGGUAAAACUUGUGUAGUUCAAAGAUUUAAGUCAGGAAACUUUGUCGAAAGACAUGGCAAUACAAUCGGUGUGGAUUUCUCUAUGAAGACAGUCACUGUUGAUGGAAAGAAAGUUAAACUUCAAAUUUGGGACACUGCCGGUCAGGAGCGAUUCCGAACAAUCACUCAAAGUUAUUACAGAUCUGCCAAUGGAAUAAUUAUCGUGUACGAUAUUACAAAAAGAGCAACGUUUUUGAAUCUUCAACGAUGGAUUGAAGAAGUACGGCGGUACACAGCAUCAAAUGUCAUCUUAAUACUUGUUGGGAACAAAUGUGAUCUAGACUCCUUGAGAGAAGUAGAAUUUGCAGAAGCGGAGGCCAUGAGCGAGUACAUACCAGAAAUCCUGUAUGUAUUGGAAGCAUCAGCGAAAGAAAAUACAAACAUUGAAGAUGCCUUUAUGUGCCUUGCUACGGAACUAAAAAGGAGACAUGAUCACAGUUCGUACGGCGAAGAGUCUGACAGCGGCAACACCGUGCGUUUGGGUGAGGGAAAAAGUGUCAAAGAAUGCAGUGCUUGCAGCCUAAUAUAAUCAUCACUCAACUGAAAUGGAAACUAUACCCCUCUGUCUGAUCUCAGUGAAAUCCUCCUUACACCUCAAACAGGCUGUUUUCAACAAUGAAGAUGUCUAAUCAGUUAAACAGUCCUUCUCCAAUAUUCUCUCACCAGUACGAUGAUUAUACAACAUCAAGAUCGGGUUUGAAAUUAAGUUCCCUUGCACUCAGAGGAAUUCUGUAUUUUGAAAGGAACUUUUACAUCCUGUAAUCAAUAUACAGGUUCCAGAUUUCACCUGUGAGAAAUUCAAAUCUGCUUCACUUCGGAGCUAUUAAGAAUGUUGCUGCUUUGAAUCUUUCAUUUAAUCACAUUGAUAAAAAAAUGGACCUUGUCAUAGGUGCGUUUUGUAGAAAAUGAUCAAGCAUGGGGCAUAGUUAAACGUAUUAUACUUUGAAAUGACUUGCAAAAUCAGUAUUAUUCAUAAUGGUAGAGCGGAACACUAUGUGUCUCACUGAAACACAUUCCAAGCUUCAAAUGAGUCUCCAGUUCAAAGUACGUUAACGUUCUUACUUCAAUCUGCAAUUUUCUCAGUAAGUGGCAAAAUUUCUAAAGCUCAUAGUGAUUUUACCAAUACUCUCUCUACAUUUUUAGCAUAUCAAUAGUUUUCAGGCUCACUUGUACAAACAAGAUUGAUAUAAUCAGGUCAGCCCAUUGACAGAGCAACUUUUGAGUUCCCGAUCUGGCUCAGUCUGAAAUCAAUAGUCAAAUGCAAAAAAAUGUGUAUUCCAACUGCAAAGCUUUAAAAUCUCCAAUUCUGGUGUAAUUUCCCUUAUUUUAUCGUUUUAUUUGGAGGCAUGAUCUUUACAAAUUUCUGUGACAUGAGUAACCAACUCAUUAGGGAACUCCAAAGAUGGUAGCGCGCGGCUCUGCCAGUGAGCAGUCCUGAGUCUGUCAGCCUUGUUGAUUAGAAAUCCUGCUUUUCUUGCGAGUAUUUUAAGUAUCUACCCUUGGAAGAAAAAAAAAACCUCCUGUCUUGAAAAGUCAAAUGCUAACUUUGACUUCUUCUGUCUUCUCUUUCAGUAUCUAUCUCUAAUUUCAGGAGACGUCAGCGAGUGAAAGCAUAUUUUAACAGCAGCUUUAAUUAUUUCUCUAUUUAGUUUAACUGUUUUUUUUUUAGAUUAUUGAGGAUGAGAAAAAGGAGAGAAAAAUUGAGGAGUAGUGGACAUGUCAUCUGCGAGGGUCAUUAUUUCGCCUUAUACUAAAGAUCGUAAGAAGCAUCUUAGAAUUAUAUACUAACUAUUAAACUCUAUACUUAGUCUGGUCCAAAGCGACCGCAAUCUCCCCAAAGACCUGCAGAUGCUUGUAAUUACAUCAAAGCGACAUUCUACAGUUCACUACCACCUCCUUCUCUGAAUGUAUGUGGAAUUGGGGUAAUUGUGUCAGUGAAUUAAGAUUGAAAGUUAAUUAAUUUUAAAUUUAUUUGUUGUUCCUUAUCUUUUAACAAAAGUGAUUUUUAUUUAUACCUAUUUUUUAUCCUCCUAUACCUUAGUAAGUUUCACUUUUGUGUACUCACCCGUGUUGUAAUGUUUCUCGGUUAUCUGUACGAGGAUAUGUGUAUUAUUCCCUCAUUAUUAAAGUGCUGUGGUCAUCCAGGGAAA